GACAACUACGUCACAUCCUCUAUCCGCAUCAGUGGCUCUAGCAGUCUCUUUGCUAAGCUAGCCGGCUGAUAAGUGCAGGAAUUCUUAAAUAUGGCCGAUUUAACCACUUUUAAAAAUGAACUCACGCUCAUCGUUAACAACCUGGCCAAGGCGGUGGUGACGGAGGUGGACAAAGUCUCUUUGAAUGAACAAAAUCCCGUAACCGAGGACAAACUCAGGGCUCUGGUGGACAGUUUGUGUGUUGAAGCCAUUGAUAAAAUCCUGAAGAUGGUUGAGCUGGCUGCUGGGAAGCAGAAAGAGACUCCAGGAGACCUGAAGGAUCUGCCUGAGUCUGAUGAGACCAGCGAAUGUUUAACGAAGGCGACAGAAGGUGGAGCAGGUGGAGGUGAGAGCCCCCCCACGGAGCAGACCUACAUCCUGGUUUUCAGGAGCGCUGCUGUGGACUCCAAGUGUCUGCUGGUGCCACUGCAGAGCGCUGCUAAUGCUAACGCUAACGGUGAAAAUCAAACCGUCUCCAUGGGGGCGACCGGUGAAGCCACGACUCUGCACAGUGAGCACUCCACCUCCUCCCCUCCCACGCAGGCUGAUGUCCCCGACCACGAGUACGCUCGGCCCUCUUCCCCGCCGCCCAGCGCCGCCUCAUCAGCGAAGGGCGGAGUCUCGGCAGCACGCAGCAGGACACAGCGCCGCAGGAGCAGGCUGACAAAAAAACUCAACACGUCUCCUACUGAGACAGCAGAAAGUUACUACCAGUGUUCGCGGUGUGAGAUGCUGUUUCCAAACACGGAGCGACUCUCUGACCACGAGAGGAGGUCUCACCCCGUGUGCUCGGUUUGCGGAACGGAGUUUACCAGCCACCUGAAACUGCGCGAACACGUGACGAAAGAGCACGGGCUGCUGCCGUACACCUGUGACUACUGCCCCAAGAGAUUCAACCACAAAGCUCACCGCAACCUGCACGUGAAGGCGAGGCACACCGGAGAGAAAACCUGCCACUGCGACGUCUGCGGCAAAGGUUACUCCUGCAUCAGCAUGAUGAAAACUCACCGGAUGACCCACUUCGAGAAGACGUUCAUCUGCGACGUCUGCGGGAAGAGCUUCUACCACGCCGGCCACCUGACGCGCCACAAAGUGGUGCACCGGGAGGAACGGCCGUACCAGUGCUCCACCUGCGGGAAGGGCUUCAACCAGGCCGCCAACCUGCACACCCACCAGGCGAUCCACACCGGAGAGCGCCAGCUCUGCUCCAUCUGCGGCAAGAGCUUCCGCUUCCUGAAGAACCACGUCAUCAGCAAACACUCAAACGAUCUCCCCGCCGACGAGCUGCCGGCCAGAGACGCCAUCAUCACCUGCGAGGUGUGCGGGAAGACGUUCCCCCACAUGUCGUAUUUUAAAAUUCACCAGAGGCGGCACACGGGAGAGAAACCGUUCCCCUGCGACAUCUGCGGGAAGAGUUACUCCAUGAAGCAGCAGCUGAGGGACCACAGGUACACCCACACCGGGGAGAAACCGUACAGGUGCACCCUCUGCUCCAAAACCUUCCACCUGGCCACCAGCUUCAUGAGGCACCGCAGCAUCCACACCGGAGAGACGCCGUACAGCUGCCUCGACUGCGGCAAACACUUCCGCCUGCUCACCUUCCUGAAGGCUCACCUGCAGACCAAAGCUCACCUGAAGCAGACACAGACGGUCACCUCUGACCUCUGACCUCAGAUCAGAGCUCACAGUUACACUACAUGGUCAAAAGUAUGUGGACAGGGGGCGGCCUCUAGCUCACCCAAUAAGAGCGUGCGCCCCCCGUGUAGGCUGAGGCCUU